AUGGAAAAUCUAAACCAGACAAUCUUCAAAGACUUCGAGCUACUAGGAUUUGUUGGCUUUGAUAACUACAGUCCAGUUUGGUUCACUGUCUUUUUUUUAAUCUACGUUUUUACCAUCAUUGGAAACAUGUUGAUUAUUUUAGUGGUUUACUAUGACAUUCAUCUUCAUAUGCCCAUGUAUUUUUUCAUUAUCAACCUGUCCUGUCUUGAGAUUUGGUAUGUAUCUAUCACAACCCCCAAGCUUUUGAUUAUGCUGGCAACCAAAAAUAAGAAGAUCUCAUUCUACUGGUGCUUUGCUCAGAUCUACAUGUUCCAUAGUUUAGGUAUCACUGAGUGUAAUCUUUUGGCUAUUAUGGCCAUUGACAGAUUUGUUGCCAUAUGUAUACCACUCCGUUACAACAUCAUCAUUAAUACCAGAGUAAGUAGAGGCUUAACCUUGAUGUGCUGGAUAACAGGGUUCCUGAUGGCACUCAUUCCCAUGACUCUAACUUCUCGAGUUCCAUUUUGUGGAAGAUAUUACGUGAAUCAUUACUUUUGUGACUUAGCGCCAUUACUCAGUCUGGCAUGUAGUGACAUCACCAUGACUGUCACCAUAAAUAGAUUUGUGGGUGGAUUUGCCACAAUGUUCAACCUUGCUAUUGUUGUUCUAAUGUACAUGAAUAUAAUAUAUUCCAUUAUGAAGAUAAAGACUAAAAAUGGACAGAAGAAGGCCUUCUCCACCUGCUCCUCACACUUGACGGUGGUGACCCUCUUCUACGGUGCAGCUUGUAUUGUGUAUGCUACUCCUAAAACAUCUCGUUCAGUGGAGUAUGACAAAUCAUUUGCCCUGGUAUAUGCUAUGUUUACUCCUUUCCUCAACCCAAUCAUUUAUAGUCUGAGGAAUCGGCAAGUCAUUUCUGGGCUAAAAAGAGGUCUACAAAGCAUGCAGAGACAUAUUAAUGAAAGGUAA